ACUUCCUGCAAAUAUUGAACAGUUAGUUACUUUCCUUUUCAGCGAUCGGUUCGCGAUAGAAGUGAUAGAAACAAGCAUACAAAAAUGGUUAUCAAACCUAGAGCAAAACUGUUUAUCAGAGUCGACUACCGGAAACGGGCACUGGAAAAAUACCAAAAUCUUUCCAAAUUCGCCACCGAUCUAGAACAUUUCCUGGAACAGUACCAUCAAAUAGUUGGGAAUCAACCGGUGCCUCCACAGCGGUACCAUCGUCUUUUGAAAGAACUCGAAGCCACCCUGAGGCAGUUGAUUUCCAAAUACGAACGACUCGGCGAACAGAGCUGCUGGAGCCAGAAAUACGAGGAGCUGUUCUGUUGUGCGCAACUAUUCAAGGAUUUCGACGAGUUUAGUGAACACUUUCUGAAAUGCCACUAUACGCCCCGUGUGGUGGAUCCGAAGAUUGUCGAGUAUGAAUCCGGACGGGCUAAGCUUGAAAACAUGCAACUACUGUUACAGGAAUACUUGAACUGCGGGUCGGAGUACUCAGCUGUUAUCGUAGCCAACUUGAGGAAACUAUUGGCAAAAGUAAGUCGCCCAGGUUUACUAACGAACGAGUCCGACGAAUGAACUAUAACUUAAUGCGUUAAUUUUAAAAUAAUUUUAAGACAUUGAACAUUAAAGCAAAAUAAUACAAGUACAAA